UGAUGACAGAUGAAUACUGACAUCUGUGCCUCAUAAAUAUUUCUUCACUAACCAUUUAGAGGAAUAUCAUGGCUCACUUUCAAAAAGUUAUACAUUUUUUCUCUUAGCACUGAACUCGUGGGUUGUAAGAUAAACAUGUUUUAUAUUGGUGGUGGGGCUUUGUCAGUUGGAGAAGUUAAAACCUCUUUCAACACGAAAAAAUGUUAUUUUCAAAUAUAAAAAAUAUUCUGAGGAUAAUCAUCUUGCUGAAGCCAAGGCUGUCAUUGAUUCCACAACCAAGUGGGCAUUUAAUACUUUUGAAGUACUGAUGUCAAAGGGCAGAGCUCUUCCUAAUGUAACACUCAAAAGAUCACACUCACUUGAGAAAGAACUGAAACGUUGCUAAUAUCAAGAACUGAUUGACUGUAGUAUAGUCGUAUCAAAGUGCACUCAAAAGUUUUGUGAGAUAUUAAAACUUAGGAAAUUAUAUUAAUGCGGUGCUUUGUAAGUGUAAUUGCAAGCGUCCUACAAAGAAGCUUCAAUAGUUCCUGAAAGAAAAAACACAAACAAUAAACAGACUGUUUAAUUUAUAUAGUUCUAUUUCAUUUGCCCCAAAAUAAAAAAUGUCUAUAGCAGAGUUUUUAAAAGAGCUGCCAUCACAUAAUGAGAGCAACUUUUCAAGAUUUCAAGCUGAUACAUCAUCAAAAACAACUGUAAAGAGACCAGCUGUGUAUUUACCAACAAAGGAUCAUCCAGCAGAGCAAAUAAUAAUAACAGAGAAGACGAACAUUCUUCUACGAUAUUUACAUCAACAAUGGGAUAAGAAGAAUUCUUCAAAAAAACGAGACUCUGGUCAUAUUGCAAAUGCAACUGUGGAUGAAAAUGUGUCUCGUAAAAGGCUUCGUACUGACAGCUCACCCUAAAGAUCUUUAGUAAUGUAGGAGUUGAUUAUUUAGCUAUAAAAGAUGGUAAAUAUAUGAUAAUUAAAACUUUGUAGAUGUUGAAAGUUUGAUAAAAAAAAAGUUAAAUCUAUUAAUUGAAUUGAUUGAUAUAUCAUGAUUGUGUAUAAAUUUUAUGGUUAGAUAUGUAUUUGAAAGCUAAGUGUUCAGCUUUUGAUGACUUUUUUGAAAACUCUUUUGACUUUGUCCUAAUAAGAUUUUGAGUACUAAAGAAAUAACAGUCUUGAAAGUAUUGUCUAAAUAAAAUUUUGUAGAAAUCUUGUUUACUACUCAUAUGUUUAUUGGCAAACCAGUGGUUCCUUUACAUGAGAUACAUGUAGGUUAGGUUGUAACCAUAUUAUCAUGAUAGGUGUCCUAUGGGUUGUUGUGAUAUGUUGAGUGUGUUUGUUAUGGUACUAUUAUUUGAAUUCCACUUUAAGCAGAAUAGAACAAGAGAUAUUCUGAAAAGUACAACUUGGUUCAUACUUCAUAUUGUCAGAUUAAUUACUAAAGGUUUGGUUUAGAUAAGUUUUGAUCUGAAAUGUUGUACUAUUUCUUUUUCAUAAUACUUAGAAGAAUUUUUGAAAGUACUUGCUAUUUUAAAUUUAUGUUCCUAUUGUUACACGUUGGAAAAAACAUUCCAUUUUAAAAAGAUGUAUAUGCUGUUUAUUGGUAAAUCUUGAUAUGUUUUUUUCUCUUUUGUAGGAAUAUUACUUUGUUCUAUUUCCCUUUCCUUACAAAGACUUUAACUGCAGUGGAGUUGUUAAACCCAGGCCUCCCAAUGAACCUAUAAAAUUUAUUAAAGCCUAUAUUUUGAAAGUGGUCUUUUUUUUUAUGUGAAAAUGACCUGUACAACCUAUAGAAACCUGUAUUUUUUAUAAGUAUUAAUUUAUAAGUAUUCUUUGGAAAAACACAAGAGACCUAUUUUGGUCUCAAUAUUGUGAUUUUAUGAGUUAUUCAGGUUGGAAAAUUUGUUUUUUGCCAAUGGAAUUAGGCAGAAAGCCUAUACAAUUUUUCUUUGUCAGUGUGUGUAUAAGAACCUAUAUUUUUAUGUUGCAGCCUAUUUUUUUUAGAUAUUUUAUGUUAUAAAUGGUCUGGGAGGCCUGCAAACCUAGAAAACAUCAUUAUAACUGCAUCCAGUUCAUUUUACACAUGAAUGGACUUACCAACAGUUAAAUGUGCAGCACGUUACAACUUAAUUUAGUUAAAGAGGAACAUCUGCCCUUUCCAGACCUAAUUUUUUUAUAUCUGUGGAUACAUUGAUAACAAAACAUACAGCACAAAAGAACUCCAUUCUCUCAAAAAAAACAUUUCUUCCACACAAAGACUUCUU